AUGUCAAUAAAAGCUGAUGAAAGUGCCACUUUAGGUGCGACUACAACCAGAGCAUCAUCAGCAUCAGCGACUGUAUCAUCCAUGGACAACUUGUCUUCAGAAAACAGCUCUUCUGUAGCGGCGGCGGCAGCAGCAGCAGCCAAGGCAAAGAAGGACCCCACAUCUAGACCAUAUAAAUGUCCACUUUGUGACAAGGCAUUUCACCGUUUGGAACAUCAAACGAGACAUAUACGUACCCAUACUGGUGAAAAACCUCAUGCUUGUACAUUUCCAGGAUGCUUUAAGAGGUUUAGUCGUUCCGACGAAUUAACUAGGCAUUUAAGAAUACAUACAAAUCCCAACUCCCGAAGGAAUAAAAAUUUAAACAAACACCACAUUAACUAUACCAAUAACCCCAACGGAGUUAAUGAGAAAGAAAACGGAACCAGUACUGCUACCACAGCAGCAGCAACAGCAGCAGCAGUAGUAACAACAGCAGCUACUACUGCACCAACCACAACUACCCCCGCUGUUACUCCUACCGUGACUAAAAGAAAGCUCACCAAAAAGAUGUCAAACGAGUCAGCAACUGCAGAAACUCCAGAUGCCAAAAUCAAAUCAGAGUUAUCUCCUCGAUUCACCCAAUUAGAGCCACAGCAACCGUCAAUCAAGACUACAACAAAUACACAGCGGAUACCGUCACUAAACAAACAAAGACCACCUAUUCCCAACAAAUUACCAAGCACCAUGAGUAUAGACAUCUUGGCAUCAGCUGCAUCUGAAGAAUUAAGAAUGAUGGAGAUUGAUGGCAACACUGAUGAAUCUGAAGCAGUAAAUCCUUCGCGUUCAUUGCCAUCUUUAACGGAAUACUUUGGGCAGCAAUCAAAUAAUAAAUCCCAUUACAAUUUUAGUAACAAAAAGGCAACAUUUCAAUUUGCCAAUGCUCCAGAAAUUAAAUCUGCCACAAACCUUCAGUACUUGUCCAACAUGGCAGCUCAACACCUCAACAAUAACAACAAAUCAAGAAGUUAUACUACCCUUGCUGCACCUCCUAAGCAACAUUGGAAUUCGUUAUCUUCGCUUCAAAGAAUGACACCAAUUAAUGCAAACAUUCAACAGCCAGAGCCAGAAGUUUCACAUGGGAAAUCACAUAUUUUAGAAGAUUCAGAUUUGGAUUACGUCAAGCAAAAAUUGAAAAGAUCAAGACCAAAUAGUCCUAGUGGUGGCAAACCAUUCACAUUACCCAAUUCGCCUGUACUUGGUCUUUCUCUGAAUACCACCCCCCUGAUAUCAGCAAGCAACAGCAGUACAAAUUUAACAUCAUUGCUUAUGACGCCGGUGUUUCGAACUGCAAGUUUAGAUCAUCCUCAGCAACAACGUGUGGGAACACCACCGGUGUAUUCCAAUUUGCAAACACCAAAAUUAUCUCCAUCUGGCAAUGAUGCACCACCAGCACCACCACAAGCACCACAACCAACUGACCCUAAUAAGUUACCACCAUUGCGAAGUUUGAACUUGGACUUGCCUACAAACUUAUCCAUGCCAAGUUUGACCCGAGCAGUAACUGACUCGGCAUUCUUUAGUCAACAUAAUCAGAAUCAUAUUAUAAAAACUGAUGCUAGUACUACUGAUGAAAAGGGACAACUAAAUUAA